GCCAAAGUUGUAUAAUGUAAAAAUUUCCAAGCCAAGGACUUCCAUUUUGCACCCAUUUCGCGCUUCUUCUCCUCUUCUUUUUCAGUGUUUUUUUUUUCUUUGCUUUUGUGUGGAAUGGAUUCAACGGAAAGAGGAAUUCUUAGAAUCACCGGCGGGUCUACCGAAGCCCAACGAGAAGAAGAAGAAGAAAUAAGCAAGUUAUUUUUACAGCUAAAACCCUGCUGUUUAGAGCUUCUAGAACUUUCUCAAAACCCUAAAAAUCAGUCCUCCGCCAUUCCUGCAUUGCUCCACUUGCUUCGCUCUUCUCCGCCCAGUUCUCUCCAGCCCUUCUUCGACUAUACUUUGUUUCCGUUGCUGCUUUUGCUGGAUGCAGCAGUUAAUUGCAGAAGCUCAUCGAAGAAAAUUGAAAGUAAUAAUACUUAUAUAAGAGUGAGUGAUAAAGUAGCAGAAGGAGUGGUGGAAUGUUUGGAAGAGCUCUGUAAGAAAUGCCAUUUGGGUUCUGUUGAUCAGAUGGUCGUGAUUCUGAAAAAAUUGACUUAUGCUGCUUUGCUUUCUCCAUCUGAGGCUUCAGAAGAGUUCCGUGAAGGAGUGAUCAAGUGUUUCAGAGCUCUGCUUCUGAGUUUGCAUUGCUGUUCUAGUCAGUCCUGCUUGUGCAAACAAAGUCUUGAUUUACCCAUGCUCUUAGAAACUAGAGACAUGCAGACUCCAACUGGAACUUUGAAGCAUGGCUUGGAACAAGGAGAAUGCUUACUUGCAUUUUUGCAGUCAGAAGCAGCUUCGCCUGCUGUAGGACACUGGCUAUCGCUUCUGCUCAAAGCUGCAGACACUGAGGCUACACGAGGACAUCGGGGCAGUGCAAAUCUGCGAAUUGAAGCUUUUUUGACCCUACGUGUUCUUGUUGCUAAGAAAUUAUUAGGUUGGAAAAUGAAUAUUGAGGUUUGCACCAUUUAUCACUUGAGAAAUGAGAAUCAAGGCUGUUCUAGUGGGAAAAAAAUAUGGCAUUGCAAAUGUGUUGGUACUGCUGAUGCAUUGGCUUUCUUCUUACCUGGUGUCAUUAGCCAGUUUUCCAAAGUAUUACACAUCUCAAAAACAAUAAUAAGUGGGGCUGCUGGAAGUGUAGAAGCUAUUGACCAAGCAAUUAGGGGCUUGGCUGAGUACCUUAUGAUAGUCCUCCAAGAUGAUGCCAAUUUAUCUGGCCUUGAUAUGUACAUAGAUACUUCUGUUGGCCAUAACUCAAGGAACUGCAAAUCUACAACUUCAUUCUUGGAGGAGCUCCGUCAAUUGCCAUCGAAAGCGCAGAGCAAAACUUUGGUGGAAAAUAUAAAUGGCGAAGCAGUCAAUAUUGUUAGUCUGAAGACUGAAUCUGGAGAAAAAGGUAGCCCUGAUCUUGGCAAGGGAAUGGGAUCUUUGCAUGUGGAUCGUACAAAAGAGUGGAUUGAGAAAACAUCUGAGCAUGUGAACAAACUAUUAUGUGCAAUAUUUCCCUAUAUAUGUGUACAUCAAGCAAAAAAGGUGAGACACGGGCUUCUUGCUUCCAUUCAAGGGCUGCUAUUGAAGUGCAAUUUCACGCUAGAAAAGAGCAAAGUGAUGUUUUUGGAGUGCUUAUUUGUUUUGGUUGUUGAUGAGUCUGAAGAGUUUUCAGCUGCUGCCCAGGAGUUUAUGGAAUAUUUGUUCUCAGCCUCUGGGAAACAUCGCAUAGAACAUGAUGUUGCUGUGAUUUUUAGCAGGCUUAUUGAAAAACUACCAACGAUGGUGCUUGGGAGUGAUGAGUUACUUGCGGUUUCACACGCUCAGCAAUUGCUUACAGUGAUAUAUUAUUCUGGUCCUCAGUUUCUGUUGGAUCACCUGCAAUCUCCUGUUACAGCUGCCAGAUUCUUGGAUGUUUUUGCCCUCUGUUUGAGUCAGAAUUCAGCUUUUACUGGUUCUCUGAACAAGCUUGUUUCAACAAGGCCGUCUUCAAUAGGAUACCUUCCCUCUGUUGCUGAGUUGAGAGGCUUGCAUGUUGUGGGUGAUUGUCAGGUCUUGCACAAUGCUGCUUCAUCUAAUAGUUCAAAGCUAAUGGAUAUUCAUGAAAUUGGAAAACAACACACAGCAGAAGACAAAUAUUUUGAGCUUCCACGCAUGCCCCCUUGGUUUGUUUAUGUUGGUGGUCAGAAGCUAUACCAGGCUCUUGCUGGGAUUCUUAGACUUGUAGGUUUAUCGUUAAUGGCAGACUAUAAAAAUGAAGGUCAUUUAUCGGUUGUUGCUGAUAUUCCCCUGGGCUACUUGCGUAAAUUGGUUUCGGAAGUUCGAAGGAAGGAAUACAAUAAAGAAAGCUGGCAGUCUUGGUACGAUCGAACUGGUUCAGGGCAGUUACUGCGCCAGGCCAGUACUGCUGUAUGUAUUCUGAAUGAGAUGAUAUUUGGUCUAUCGGAUCAGGCACUUGAUGUUUUUAGAAGAAUAUUUCAGAAAUCGAGGAUAAAAAGGGUAGAAUCUGAUGAAGCAUCUGCUGGUGGUCAGACUCACAAAUUUAAAGCCACUUUGUUUGAUGAAUCUGUUUGGGAAAUUGCACCACAAAAGGGAGCUAGGACUCACUUCAUUGAUUGUAUUGGGAAAAUCUUACAUGAAUAUCUGUGUUCUGAAGUUUGGGAUCUUCCAGUAGAUCAUCAAACUUCACUAAUGCAGUCUGAUGCUGAAGUUAAAGAUAUUACCUUGUAUUUCUUCCGUGACAUUGCUAUGUUGCACCAGGUUAUUAUUGAUGGAAUAGGCAUCUUUGCGUUGUCCCUUGGAAGUGAUUUUGCUUCCAGUGGAUUCCUUCAUUCAUCCCUCUAUCUCUUGCUCGAGAAUCUUAUAUGUUCAAACUUUGAAGUUAGAACUGGUUCUGAUGCUGUUUUACAUCUUCUUUCCACUACGUCUGGCCAUUCAACGGUUGCGCAAUUGGUUUUGGCAAAUGCAGAUUAUAUAGUCGACUCUAUAUGCCGCCAAUUACGGCAUUUGGAUCUGAACCCUCAUGUGCCAAAUGUGCUUGCUGCUAUGCUUUCCUACAUUGGAGUGGGUUAUAAAAUUUUGCCUCUGUUGGAGGAACCGAUGCGGUCUGUUUCGCAGGAACUUGAAAUUCUUGGCAGGCAUAAACACCCAGAUUUAACUGUUCCCUUUUUAAAGGCUGUAUCUGAAAUUGUGAAGGCAUCUAAGCGUGAGGCUUUUCCCCUACCCUCUCAAGCAUACCGUGAUCUGAUGCAUGUCAAGUCCAAAAUAUCGGAGAGGGAAAAGAAAGUUCGACCAGAAUUCAGACAAGGUUCAAUGUCUGGUUUCACUGAUGAGAUUGAUGGGUCUCUAUUGGAAUCAGAGCAAUGGGAGAAUAUUUUGUUCAAGUUGAAUGACUCCAAAAGAUAUAGACAAACUGUUGGAUCUAUUGCUGGUUCGUGUUUAACAGCUGCAGCUCCCCUGCUGGCUUCUAUGAGUCAAGCAGUGUGCUUGGUGGCGCUGGACAUAGUUGAGGAUGGUGUAGCAACAUUAGCGAAAGUGGAAGAAGCCUACAGGCAUGAGAAAGAGACUAAAGAGGCAAUCGAAGAACUGCUUGAGUCAUGUUCAUUGUAUCAGCUGAAAGAUACUAUGAGUGCUGCUGAUGACAGUACUGUUGAGAACAGGUUGCUUCCGGCAAUGAAUAAAAUAUGGCCUCUCCUGGUUGUUUGUGUUCAACAAAGAAACACGGUGGUUGUCAGGAGAUGUUUAAGUGCUGUAAGCAGUGUCGUGCAAAUUUGUGGAGGAGAUUUCUUUUCUCGUCGCUUCCACACUGAUGGGGCCCACUUCUGGAAACUUUUAAGCACAUCCCCUUUCCAAAAGAAGCCAAAUUUGAAAGAACGAACCCCAUUGCGACUCCCUUACAGGAGUGGAAGCGUUUCUUCAGAGGACUCCGUAGCAGAAACUUCAAACUUAAAAGUACAGGUCGCACUGCUAAAUAUGAUUGCUGAUUUGUCCCAAAACAAAGCAAGUGCUUCAGCAUUGGAAGUUGUUAUGAAGAAGGUCAGUGGUCUUGUUGUGGGCAUAGCUUGCAGCGGAGUUAUCAGGCUUCAUGAUGCAUCAGUGAAUGCGAUCAAGGGACUUGCAUCUAUUGACCCUGAUCUGAUAUGGCUUCUUUUAGCUGAUGUUUACUAUUCUUUGAAGAAGAAAGACUUGCCUUCACCACCAACCUCAGACUUCCCCGGGAUCUCUCUAACUCUGCCACCACCUUCAUCUUAUAAAGAGUUCCUUUACGUGCAGUAUGGAGGCCGGAAUUAUGGUUUUGAUUUAGAUUUUUCCUCUGUGGAAACUGUAUUUAAAAAAUUGCAAACUCUGGUGUUUUCUGACCAAAUUUACAGUUAAAAUUUUUGUAAAUGUACAGCUCUUGUAUCUUGUGAUUCUUCCUUCUUCCUCCUGGGAGUUAGGUCAUGCUGCUCCUCAAGCAUUUAAAGUUGACUUUUAUCUUUUCUAUA